AUGCCCGCUCCCGUGGACAACUGCGAGAUCUGGGAUAUCUUCGAGGCAGAAGCAGAGGCUGUCGCCUCUCCCUGCCAUGGGACUCCAGAAACUUGCGGCUGGUCCUCAGAAGCAGAGCUUGCUGUCACCUCUACGCGGAAUUUUCUGCUUUCGAGCCCUGCAUGUACGGUUCGUAUACACCCAUUUCCUGAAGUGCCAAAGCGGCAACGUCUUGACACGAGUUUGACAGAGGAUGCCUUUGAUACAAGCGAGAUGCCAGCUUUGCCAUCUUUUUCCGAGACAUCAUCAACCUUUGCUCUGUUUUCCCACAGUCUUUCUUCUGGUAGCUCGUCAUUGAUGAUAACAGGAAUUGAUGGAACAUCGAAGACAUUCCCACGAAAAAGUAAUGCUGCAUCUGAUGAUAUGGAUUUCGAUACGACUGAUCGUACAGAUCGCAGUAUCCAUCAGGCAGUUAUUCGCGCUCUUGUCGCACCGACAGCCAGCUCACUUCACACCGAUCAAAAAGCAAAACGGUUUGCGAGGCAGAAUGUUCGUAGUUCUGGUGGGCUGUGGAGUCAAAUUUUUGCUCCAUUAAAGUUCACAGAGCUUGUUACGGCUGAUCAUAGCGGCAUGCCUCGCCAACGGAUGGCAAAAAGGUUUGCUUUUUUCAUUUCCCACAAGAUUCUCAUAUUACAUGGACGUCCUGGCUGUGGAAAAAGCACCCUUGUUCGGGUCACUGCAGAGGCCAUCGGGUUUUCCCCACUGAUCAUAAAUGCGGCAACAGGCGAAGAAAAUGCAGCAUCUGUUACGGAAAAGAUUACCACUGGCCUUACCACGGAUUCCCUUGCUCUCACUUCCUUGUCCGGAUCAAAGGCCUUUUUGGUGCUUCUGGAAGAACUAGAUGCAGCACCUGCCGACAUUUGCAGCGCUAUUGUGAACGCUAUUAUUCGUGUAGUGACAAACGGGCAGCCAGUUCGCCGCCCCAUUGUUGUUAUAUGCGCAGAUCCAUGGGUGUAUACUUUAAAGCCGCUGAGGGCCGUUGCUCACAUGGUUGCUUGCACUGUAUCUGUGCCGCGGGCUGCAGAGCGGCUGCAAGAAAUUCUUACUGCACAAUGCAUUGCUAACCGGGAGCGCCCUCAACUCGAAAAACUCGUCAGCCUUACCGGUGGUGAUAUCCGUGAAUCACUGAAUGCCUUACAGUUUGCCGCUAUCGAAGUCCAACAAGAGACGAUAUUAGGAUUAGAUCCUCAUGACGCUAGUAAAAAAUCCAACGAGAAUCCUCGAUACAACACCCCAAAUUUGGUCAUGGAGGACAUCUUUCUGACGCGAGAUCGCCUUGGGCCCCUUUCUGUGGCAACAGGACAAGGCUCUGAACGACAACAAUUGUUGAGUCUUCUGUUUCGAAGACUCGAGCUUUUGGGUGACGAUCUCGAACGCGUUUUUGAAGGCUGCUUCGAAGCGUACCUGCGCUGUGCGUCGUUUGGCAGCGUCAUUGGAAACCAACUCGCCAAGGUGGUCGAGCUAACAGAAUUGAUUGCUUGCAAAGAUGUCGGCGAUAUCCAGCGGGGCCAUACAGGCCUCUCUCUGCUUCCAGCAGUUGUGCUGCAGUUUCACAUCGGGUUUGGAGGUGGCAUUUCGCUCCGCCUUACGCCAACCAUCAGGAGCUCCAUCGUAACACUGCCAAAGGCACAUCGCGAAGCAACACGCCUUUGUGAUGAACGUCAGAGUUCUAUAAGCUUUUGGCUUCACGAGGGUCAUCGGACGGCGCCAAAUUCGCUGUCUCUUUUUGCAUCGAUGGCGGCACGUCGCACUUCCCUUGCGCAUGAGGUUCUGCCGUUUCUGAGCGCAAGAUUGCGACCACCCGCCUCGCUAUUGCUGCCCGGCCGUAUCGGCUCAGAUGCCUUGACCGAGUUUGCAAGAUUUCUGCAUGCAUAUGCACUUACCGUUGAGCCCGCGAUAGACAGUGCCACGAUAUUGAUUCCACAGUAUGCGAUUGGACUUUACGGUGAUAGAUUGAAAAUUGAGCACAAUCUCAAUUCAUCCAUACUGACCCUUCUUCCCACCGUUACGAGGAUGGUAGAAGAAUUUAGGAUAAAGCAGCUGGCACUCGCGCGCAACAGAAAUUCAGGAGCCUUUCGUGCCAUAUCAAGUGCCUUCAUUAAGCAAACGCUUGAAGAGCCAAUCAAGGAACUCACCAAGGCGAUUGGCUCGGCUUCCGAGCCUGUAAAGACCAGGCGGGACUUUUUUGGGCGACCGAUGGCAGAACCCUUGGCAGCUGCGCCAGCGAAUGGCUCUACAAAAUCGGGCUCGCGUAUUACGUUCAAGUUCCAGGAAAAGUCUGCACAUGCCGUCCGACGCAAUAUCUCUAUUUCUCGCCUGAUAUACAGGCAGCCUUCGUAG